ACACUCAUCAGACGCAACGUUUGAGCCACAGCAGCACAUUGUCCAGAGUCCAGCGUUCGUCCACAGUUUACUCCACCGUCUCCAUCAUGUCUACCAUCAUCUCCAGUCUGACCAACGACCAGAGAAACAAACUCCUCUCUCUGUUCAGCCACGCUCAGCUGCACCUCCUGUUCAAAGCCUCAGUCCACGGUUUUGCUGCAGAUCAGUUCCACUUUCGUUGUGAUAAACAGGGCCCCACCGUCUGUGUGGCUUUUAACAGCUCUGGGUUUGUGUAUGGAGCGUACACGUCUAAGGACUACGCUCAAAGUAACCAGAACAUCCUCGAUGAACGUGCUUUCCUCUUCAGCAUCCGUGAGGACAGACCCAGGCCGAUCCGGGUGGGGGUGACCCCCGGUCAGCACGCCUUUGUGGACGGAGCUACUGGUCCAAACUUUGGUGCUUUACUGUUUUUAGAUCAAAAUACAGCUACUGUUUUGAGUCCAGGAGGAGCAACGUUUAACUUCACUGCAGCAGAGAUGCACGGAGACAACCUGAACCUGACUGAGUUUGAAGUGUAUCGAGUCCAAGAAAUGGGAGGAGUCCUGGAAAAACCCUGGAGGAUCAUUCAGUGGAAUGAAGAUAAAAGGCAGGAGCUGAAGAAUCGGAUCCUGUCGUAUCGUCCAGAUGUGAAGGGGGUGAAGGAGGCGCGGGUGCUGAUGGUGGGACCGGUCGGAGCAGGAAAGUCGAGCUUCUUUAACUCCAUCAGCUCAGUGUUCAGAGGCAACAUGACGUCCCAGGCCAUUGCAGGGAAAUCUGGGAAGAGCGUGACUGUCCAGUUUCGUGCCUACACCAUAAAGGCGGGUAAAGGAGGUCCCUCUGUUCCUCUGACUCUGUGUGACACGAUGGGGCUGGAGGAGGCCGAAGAUUCAGGUUUACACCCAGACGACGUCAUCAACAUUUGCAAAGGACAUGUUCAGGAUCGCUACCAGUUCAGUCCGUCUGCACCGCUUCAGGAGGGGACUCCCGGAUACAGGAAAAAUGUGACUCUCAAAGACAAAAUUCACUGUGUGGUGUAUUUGAUGGACGCGAGCAGAGUGUCCCUGAUGAACCAGAGGAUGUUGGACAAGUUCUGCUCCAUCCGGAAGAAAGUCAAUCAGCUCGGUGUUCCUCAGAUUCUGCUGAUGACCAAAGUAGAUGAAGCGUGCCCCCUAGUGGAGAAAGACUUAAGCAACAUCUACCAGAGUGUUUACAUUCAGAAGAAGGUGAGUGAGGUGAGUGAGUCUCUGGGCGUCCCUCUGUCCUGCAUCGUACCAGUGAAAAACUACUGCACAGAGCUGGACCUGAGCACAGAGGUGGACGUCCUGCUGCUGUCCGCCGUCAACCUCAUGUUAAACUACGCAGACAGCUUCUUUGAAAACCUCGACCACGAGGAAGAAACCGACAAAGAGACUGACACAGAGACCUAUAAGUCAGUCCAUGUUUAACAAAUACAACUGUGUGUGUGUGUAUAUAUAUAUAUAUAUAUAUAUAUAUAUAUCAGUAUAACCGCUUGUAUCUUGCACUUUCCUGAAAUAAAAAUCACAAUUUGUUAAAACUGCUUGAGUCAGAACAACAUUAAAGACUCUGUCU